ACGGCGGCGAGGACGUCCCCGUGUACUCCCAGGGGCCGCUGGCGGCCGCGCUCCUCGGCGGCUCCAUGGACCAGACCUACAUCCCGCACGCCAUCGCCUACAUCGCCUGCCUCGUCGACUUCGCCGAGCGCUGCCGUUCGGGCAAGGACAACUACACGGCGCCGCCCAGGAUAAAGGACCACAUGUGUGGCGGUCCCGAACUGGGGAAGGUCGCUGCACCCAACUCCAUACAGCCUGGCCCCCAGCCUGAAGUUGUGGCCAGCAGCGUUGUCGCAGAUGACGGUACAAAAAAGAAGACCAACAUCCAAGCCACAAUCACGGCUAACAUUAGCACCCCUCAUCUCAGCAGCUCUUGUCUAGAGGUUGGAGUAGGAAAAUAUCAUUUCCUCUUCCUGCUGAUUCUGCUCUUUGUGGGUUCAAAAAUCAACAGUUAGGACAGAAUUGUAAAAAUAUGCAAUUGCACACAUCUCUGUAAAAAUGGAACAAAUUCUUUUGUCAAUGGAUCAACCUACACCCCCUUUUAACUCUGAUAAAGUAAGACAUUUUGUUCCACUAAAAUGAUGUACAACAGAGGCUCUGCAUAUUGCUGCAUGUUUUAAGUUGAUGCCUUCCACCUACCCUUGCAGGUGGACGACUUCCAAAUCGAAGUGUAGGCUCAAAUCCUGUGAUGUGAUUCUCAAUGUAAGUAAAUUUAAACAAAACGUGUGUAAAGUUUGUAAGAAAAUAAAGAUAAUUAAUUAAAAUGAUGCAGUAA